ACACUAAUAUGAUUCCGUCUCUGUUUAUUUGUUUCCUUGCUGUUUAUUGAUUGUCCCACGUAUUGACCGGUGGGUUCAUUUCAGAAGUCCCCCCCCCCCUCCCCUCCCACACUUCUUACCCCCACACACACGCGCGUACACACCCGACCCCCUGGAGAGCCAGCCCGCCGCUGACCACCCGCGUCCUUUUUGUUGUCGUUGCAGAACAUCCAGGGAAUGACGGGCACCCCGAUGGUGGCGGCCAGCCCGGAGCGGCACGACGGCGGCCUCCAGGCCAACCCGGUGGAGGUGCAGAGCUACCAGCCGCCCUGGAAGGUCCUCAGCGACUUCGCCCUGCAGAGCGACAUCGACCAGCCGGCCUUCCAGCAGCUGGUGAGCUUCUCGGAAGGAGGACCGGGUUCCAACUCGACGGGCAGCGAGGUGGCGUCCAUGUCGUCCCAGCUUCCAGACACGCCGAACAGCAUGGUGUCCAGCCCCAUCGAGGCCUAGAGCCCUCCCCAGCAGCACCGACCCCCCCCUCCCCCCGCCACAAGACCCCCUCCCCUGGUUGUAUUUGGACACUGUGAAGACAAUCAUGGGAUUUUACCACGCGCAGCGGCAUUCUGAAGAGGUCCGUGCGGGGAAGGACACGGACUAAGCGGACGCGUCCUCGUGGCCGGUUGCUGCACGCGCACACGCCUGGUUACAGGUUGCCAAAACGAGAAAGACACCAAUAAACGGACCUCUGUCCGGGAGAUACAUCCAAGCCCCGCGCUGUUUGCGCUCUAGACUCUGAAAGACAAACUGUGAUACUUUUCUUCUUCAUUGGACACAUGCACUUCAGACCGGAAGUGGACCGCGCUGCUCCUCUUCUCCUUCAUCCAAUUUCUCCAUUAGGUCCCAUGACCCGACUACUAAAAGCAUUUGCAACAAGGUAUACCUCUAUUUUGCCACAAGCUUCGUGGGACAUUCGUGUGAAUACGUUUCCGUCCGAGAAAUAUUGUUUUUUUUCUUCCCAAAGAUGUGUAUAAUUAAUCAUAAGUUAUAAAAAAACAAAAAAAAACGUUAGCUCUGGAAGAAAAUGUUUCGUUUGUUCCGUGCAACAAAAGCUAUUUAUUAAUUUAUUGUCAACGAAAAAUUUGCCACCUUUUGUGUAAACUUUCUUAACUGAAGUAAAA